AUGCUGCCCUCAAACCAGCGUCACAGUUGUGCAAUUCAGCAGCUUCAAGAUAUCACGGGUUGCACCAAAAAGGCAGCCACUGAGUUGCUGCGGCAAAACAACUUUAACCUUGAAAGAACCAUCGACAGUUUCUACAGCUUAUCGGCCGAAAGGAGGCGAAUUGUUCUAGGGCAUGGCACGGAGGUCGGGCGUGUGGAGGGGCCUUCAAGAGUCGAUGAGAAGAAAAUCGCCGAGUUUUUUGAUGCAUACGCAGUCGCUGACCCAACAGGAAGUCCAUCGCUGAAGGCAAUAAAGGAAGGAGGACUGGAGCGGCUUUCUGACCACUUGGAUGUUGGCCUAGACGAUGUGUUUUUCUUAGUGUUCGCAUUCCAUUGCGGGUGCCGGACUCAAGGGGUCAUUACAAGAGACGACUUUUUUCGGGGGCUUAAAUCCCUGGGCUUGGACACGCUCACGGCACUGAAGGACAGCGUACAGACCCUUCGCAAGGCACUCUUCGACGAUCUUGGGCUCUUGAGAAAAGUUUAUAGCUACGCGUUUACAUAUUCUUUGGAACCAAUGCAGAAACAGCUUCCGACGGAACUGGCCAUCGCGUACUGGAGGCUCCUCAUUGAACCCCUGAAUUGGUGUUUGUUCAGCCACUUUUUGCAGUACAUUGAAUGCAUUUCCAACUUGUCUAGCGUCACGAAGGACGCGUGGCUAAUGGUCCUGGAAUUCGCUCUGACUUCCCAAGCACCAGCAGGGAUCGAGGCAACAGCCGAAGACAACAUAGAUCGGGCUUUGCAGGAGUACGAGGACGAUGGCGCAUGGCCGCUGGUCAUCGACAACUUUGUUGACUGGAUGCGAGAGGAGAGAGGAAAUGCCAGGCAGCACUGA